GUGGAGACUCGGCCGUGCAUCAGUUCUACUGCGGCGCCACCAUGUUCGUGACAGGCGGCUCCGGCUUCCUCGGCAAGCAGCUCGUAGAGAAACUCUUCAGGGCGUGCAACGUCGCCAAAGUGUACUUGCUGAUGCGGCCUAAGAAAGGAGUGCCUAUUGAGGAGAGGCUUGAAGAAAUGCUGAAAGAUCCGGUAUAUAACAUGGUGAGGAAGAAGAAGUCCAACUUCGCGGAGAAGAUAAUCCCCGUGGCCGGCAACGUGGCUGAUAUCAGACUCGGCAUGAGUGAUCAGGACUGGGCUAUCGUUACGAAGGAGGUAAACGUGAUAUUCCACAUGGCUGCAACCACUAGAUUCGAUGAGGCUCUGAAGAUAGCUACCAUGAUCAAUGUCAGAGGUACCAGAGAGGCUGUCCUGCUUGGCAAGGCUUGUCAGAAGCUCAAAUCAUUUGUCUACGUGUCGACAACAUACGCCAACGCAACUGAUAACUUUGUGGAGAAGGAGGUACUAGAGACAUUCUACCCGCCCCCCGUGCCUCCUGAGCUGAUGAUCAGCAUGGCGGAGACUAUUGACGAGGAUAGACUUCAGGGGAUAGAGCAUGAUCUCAUCAAGGGCUACCCCAAUACAUACACGUUCGCGAAGGCCAUUGCUGAGGAAGUGGUGAGGAGUAGAGCUGGUAACAUGCCCAUCAGCAUCGUGAGACCUGCUGUAGUGAUAUCAUCGUACCGGGAACCGAUGCCUGGAUGGGCUGAUACUAGCUGCGCUUACGGUGCUAGCGGGCUGAUCCUAGGUCCAGCAACAGGCCUGAUCCAUGCGACCUACGCCGGAGACAACACGAGAUACAGCCUGGUACCAGUGGACUACGUGAACAAUGCUAUCCUGGCUGCCGGCUGGAAGACCAGCUCAAUGCCUGGUGAUGUCAAGAUAUAUUCUGUGUCGAGCGCUAGGAAUUUGUUUCAUUGGCAGCCAGUUUCCACGAAAAUCCGCGAAAUAGGCCGAGUCCUGCCAACCCCAUUAGCAGUGUGGUACAUGUUCAUAAUAAAUACUGCCAACAAACCACUGUUUGUGCUGCUAACGUGGUUACUGCAUUAUAUACCGGGGUAUAUAUUAGACGGAGGCUGUGUGCUGCUCGGAAAACCACCUAUGUUCAUAAAAUUAUACAACCGCGUAUACCGGGCGUCACUCGCCCUCUCCUACUUCACCACACAUAGCUGGCUUUUCCGCGACGACAAUACGGACAAACUGUUUCAAGAUUUAUCUACCGAAGACAAGUUAAUAUUCAACUUCGAUACUACAAAUAUUAACAUAAUGGAAUACGUAACUUUGUGGUGUGUUGGUCUAAGAAAAUACUUAAUGAAAGAUGGUAUAAGAAAUACUGAAUAUGCGAUCAAAAAGCAGUUUUGGUUGCAAAAGUUGCACUAUAUAGUUGCAGCUCUCUACGUUUAUGUGUUGUAUAAAAUAUGUUCGUAUGUUUUGUUUGUCGUUUUGCUCCUUUUUGGAUGGGUUUAGUAUUAAUUUU